AAGCGGGUAAGAAUGAUUGCGAAAUUGGAUCGGACCACCUGCUACCUCACCCUCCUUGUGACCUUGUGUAAGGGUGCCUGAAAAUUACGCAAGAAGAAAAGAGCGUGCACCCCUGUUACAAAAUAACAUAGAAAAACGAUCGCCCUGGACUGACAUAAAUGAGAACUUGUCCCCAACCGUUACAUGAAAUAAAUAGCCACUGGGUAAUAACAUACAAGUCAACGCUAAACAUCUAUACAGUGACCAUAGUGAAUACCCAAUACCAACUGCGUGAAUUCCUAAUCGAAGUGUUUGUUUGUUAUGGAGACGGAGCACGAGACUAGCAACAGAGUCCAGGUCUCACACCGGAAGUUUUCAAGGGAGUAGCGUGAUGUAUCAAGGCGAGGGCGGAGAGGCAGACGACACGCGAAAGGACCAGGCGAUAGACGAGUACUAUCGGGACUUAGACAACAACCCUCAGUCAUCACUUCAAACUCCACAAGUCGUUCAUCCUAGCACCAGCAAUAUGAGUGGACACGGCAGUGCUAAAGUAGAGCCGUUCUCGAUUGACGCAGACAGUAAUGAGGACACUGGGAUCGGUUGCUGUGGAUAUGUCCUGUAUGGCCUCUCCCUCUUCGUCAUGCUCAUCACCUUUCCCUUCUGCCUGUGUCUAGCCAUUAAGGUGGUGCAAGAAUACGAGAGGGCUGUUAUAUUUCGACUGGGUCGACUGGUACCCGGAGGUGCCAAGGGACCAGGUAUGUUCUUCAUCGUCCCGUGCAUGGAUGCUUUCACCAAAGUGGACCUGAGAACCGUGUCUUUUGAUGUGCCGCCCCAAGAGGUAUUGACGCGUGACUCUGUGACAGUAGCGGUAGACGCUGUGGUCUACUACCGUAUCAGCAACGCCACCGCCUCCAUCACCAACGUUGAAGACUCGAGCCGAUCCACGAGGCUGUUAGCAGCCACAACACUCAGGAACGUCCUUGGGACCAAAAGUCUGAGCGAGAUUUUGUCUGAGAGAGAGGGUAUCAGUCACACCAUGCAGUCUUCCCUCGAUGAAGCAACAGACCCAUGGGGUGUGAAGGUGGAGAGAGUCGAAGUUAAGGACGUGCGACUGCCACUCCAACUCCAGAGAGCAAUGGCUGCCGAGGCGGAAGCAACACGUGAUGCACGGGCAAAGGUCAUUGCCGCUGAAGGUGAACAAAAGGCUUCUCGGGCUCUGAAAGAAGCCGCUGAUAUCAUCACCGAAUCUCCCGCGGCUCUCCAGUUGCGUUAUCUGCAGACCCUAAAUUCCAUCUCGGCAGAGAAGAAUUCCACCAUCAUUUUCCCGCUGCCCAUUGACCUUAUGCAAGCGUUUAUGAAGAAGUAGUUAGGGAAGCCAGCGCCAUUUUAGGUUGCAGCAAACAAGCAUAAUAGAAGAUGAUUUCUUGUGUGUCACAUACGCACGUCUGAGAAAUUAAUGGGUGGGUGGAUGGGGGGUUAAUCAUUUUUAUACCUGUUGAACUUGUAUAUAUGCAUUGGUUGUUUGCUGUGGAUCCUGAUGGCUGGUUUCAUGGUUAUUGUGUAAAUAGUUGACCUUUUUACGCUUAUUGAUUACUGUUGUAUCAACAACGCAUAACCUAUGGGUGAUAUAAUCAGUAUUGAGGCCAGUUUUGUACAUUGCAUUGUAUAUUAUAUAAGCUGACAUAUAAUUAUUUAUACAGAUUCUUUCUGCCUUACACGCUGUCUCUGCGAUUCUGGGUACAAUUGAGAGCCCCAUUUCUGGUGUCACCCGCCGUGAUAUUGCUGGAAUAUUGCUAAAAGCGGAGUAAAACUAAACUCAUUUAUUCUACGAUUCUACAUAACCUUCACAUGUAUCAAAGAAACGUAUCUGUUCAUUAUACUUGCUUUGUUGUUCGAGUCACGUUUCGCCUUCAACAUGAUGAUGGUGAUUGAUACAGCUGCUGCUGCUGCUGCUGCUGCUGAUGAUGAUGAUGAUGAAAUUAACAACAAUAAUGUCUCUUUGUCACUUUCAGUACACGCACAGUUGUGUUGAAAGGAUAUAUAAAUCAGAUGUUAACCUUUUCCACUCGUUUGUUAUUUCGUUUUGUCUUGCAUACCAUGGGAUAUUAAUCAAUGAAAAGUGGGAAUGUUUUGGGGUCCUUGUUUCGUUUGUAUUUCUAGUUUUGCUGCUUAUAUGAAUGCCCCAAAAUCAAGAUAAGCUUGCAUUGUUACUUUCACCAUAUAUAUGCCCUAUCUAUGUGUUCCACUAAACAAGCAUAACGCCCCGAGGUACAGAAAUGUUGAAAUUACGAUCCCCAUGAGGAGAAGAUUGCAUUAGAAACAGGUUAAAAAACACUGUUAUCUCGAAGUAAAUAUUCACGAACAUAUUUCCUUGGAUGCCAUGCAAGAUGCUACUUUGUGAAUGAAACUCUUUUGUGUUGCCUGGAUAGUGACAAAAACAAGGCCGAUUUUAAAGAAACGUGCUUCAGAAACCAGGUCACAGGGAUGUCACUAGACUAACAACUAGUCUCUGAAAUGAACAUAUUUUACUGAGAAAAAGUUCAUAGUAAAAAAAAAUAUUGAAAAGGAGCCCUGAGACUUUCCAGAAGCUGAGGAAAUCUAGACUUACCACAUUUUCUAGACUUGCGUGGGCUUUCUUGGAUAUAUUUGCUUCAGGGUCUUUACGACAGACUAGGGUGUCACGGAAAGAGCAGGGAGUAUUGCAGUUUCAGAGCUUGGAUUGUCAUCGGUGAGAGACCUUCGAAAACGAUUCCGAGACUUGAGCGCCUUCAGUUGACCCAAAGAAAGGUCAAGGACAACGCACUGAUUUAUGAUAGGGCGUAGUACAGACGGUAGAUAGGUGCGAUUAAUCUGAUCUUUCAAUAUAAGUUCAGGAAUAUGCUUCUCUUCUCACUGGACUGUUUUUUCUAUACAAAUCAACAGUUCAAAAUUAACAAAGGGUAGUUUUUAUUUAUGUGGCAUUACUUCAAAGCUGGUUUCAAUGUUUUCUUAUGCUUUACAAACCCGUUUAGCUUUUGCUUUGUUUAGCUAUUUAAUUGUGUGUACAUAGUAUUUACUCAUCAUCAAAUUAGAAGGAGCGUCGGGGUAGCCUGGUGGUUAAAGCGUUCGCUCGCCACGCCGAGACCCGGGUUUGAUUCCCCAAAUGGGUACAAUAUGCGACGCCGAUUUCUAGUGUGAUAUUGCUGAAUGAUUGCUCACUAUACUAACUCACAAUCGUAUUUAAAUUGUACAUAUGCCUUCAUGAGCCAGAUUACCAUCACUCUCUUAUCAGUAGUUCGUAUUUUUAUGUAUUGUAAGUACAUGUAUAUUGCGAGAGACAGAAAUAAACUAUUUAUCUAUGUUA